AUGCAGCAGCAACAUUCGCAAAUGAAAUUUUUCUGUACCUCCAGGCCUCACUGUAUACAUUCUACUGAUGAUAUUCGUAUUCCUUUGUUUUGGUGUCCUUCUUCGGGAGCGCUUAUUAAAGACAUAAUGCAGAGGAAUAUCGAAGAUAUUUCUACCUUCUUCAAAUUUCUUUCUUUCUUUCUUUCUUUCUUUCUUUCUUUUUUCUUUCUCUCUCCAGUUUUUCCUUUCUUUCUUUCUUUCUUUCUUUCUUUCUUUCUCCAGUUUUUCCUUUCUUUCUCCUUUCUUUCUUUAUUCUUCCUUUUUUCCUUUCUUUCUUUCUUUCUUUCUUUCUUUCUUUCUUUCUUUCUUUCUUUCUCCAGCUUUUUCCUUUCUUUCUCCUUUCUUUCUUUAUUCUUCCUUUUUUCCUUUCUUUCUUUCUUUCUUUCUUUCUUCUUUCUCCAGUUUUUCCUUUCUUUCUCCUUUCUUUCUUUAUUCUUCCUUUCUUUCUUUCUUUCUUUCUUUCUUUCUUUCUUUCUUUCUUUCUCCAGUUUUUCCUUUCUUUCUCCUUUCUUUCUUUAUUCUUCCUUUCUUUCUUUCUUUCUUUCUUUCUUUUUUCUUUCUUUCUUUCUUUCAUCAGUUUCUUGCUAUCUCCAGUUUCAUUCUUUCUCCUUUCUUUCAUAUUCAUGCUUCUUAUUUCUUUCCUGUUUUUUGUCUGUCUUUUUUGUUUCUUUCUUUCUUUUAUUCGUUCCUUCUUUUUCUUUCUUUCUUUCUUUCUUUCUUUCUUUCUUUCUUUCGAGGUUCUUUUAUCUUUUGUGUUUUGUAUUUCUGCUUCUGUUUCUUUCAUUCUUUCUUUAUCCAGUUUCUUUCUUUCUUCCUUUUUUCUUUCUUUUUUUUCACCAGUUUCUUUCUAUCUACAGUUUCUUUCUUUCUCCUUUCUUUCUUAUCCUUCCUUUCAUUCUUUCUUUAUUCAGUUUCUUCCUUCUUUCCUUCCUUCCUUGCUUAUUUUUCUUUCUUUUUCUUUUUUUUCUUUCUUUCUAA